GAACUGCUCACUGCUCCAGCUCUUUAUGGAGAAAGACUUCUGCGGAUAUUACGGCAAUUUCCACUGAGUAGAAGAGAUAAACAAACAUGUAAUAUAAUACAUAAAGACUUUAUUUACUCACCCUUCAUUGCACCCUCAUCUUAGUAUUUUUUCUAAGAAUUUUCGCUGCGUUGUCACCUUUUUUCGCGACCGUUUUCAGAAUUUAAACGUCUUCUUUCGAGCAAAACGAAGUUAUCUUGCCAAAAGAAGGACGACGGAUGAAAAAAUGGCGUGAAACGAUGAACUUAACCACACUAUUUAUCUACCUGCUGCCUGCUGAGACAGGUGUCAGUGAUCAUCCCUAAACCCAAAAGGAGUUUUUAUUUUUUUAUUUUUUUUUAAGUUCUCUUGAUUUAAGAUUUUAAAGUCAUGGCUUGGGCUUUGAAACUACCUCUGGCCGAUGAGGUGAUCGAGUCUGGUCUGGUCCAGGACUUUGAUGCUAGUCUGUCAGGAAUCGGGCAAGAGCUUGGAGCUGGUGCUUACAGCAUGAGUGAUGUGCUAGCUCUUCCCAUCUUCAAGCAGGAGGAGUCUAACUUGCCUCCAGAAAGUGACAAUAAGAUCCUUCCCUUCCAGUAUGUAUUGUGUGCCGCCACCUCUCCUGCUGUCAAACUACAUGAUGAGACGCUCACCUACCUCAAUCAAGGACAGUCUUAUGAGAUUCGAAUGCUAGACAAUCGGAAAAUGGGAGAGCUUCCUGAGAUCAAUAGCAAAAUGGUUAAGAGCAUCAUCCGUGUUGUGUUUCAUGACCGUCGUCUUCAGUACACUGAACACCAGCAGUUGGAGGGAUGGCGCUGGAACAGACCGGGAGACAGAAUCCUUGAUUUAGAUAUCCCGAUGUCGGUGGGGGUGGUUGAUCCCAGAGCAAACCCUACACAGCUCAACACAGUGGAGUUCCUCUGGGACCCCUCAAAGAGGACCUCUGUGUUUAUUCAGGUGCACUGUAUCAGCACAGAGUUCACUAUGCGCAAGCAUGGAGGAGAGAAAGGAGUGCCAUUUCGUGUGCAGAUCGACACUUUCAAGGAGAACGAGGCCGGAGAAUACACUGAACACCUGCAUUCCGCCAGCUGCCAAAUCAAAGUUUUUAAGCCUAAGGGUGCAGACAGAAAACAGAAGACAGACAGAGAAAAAAUGGAGAAACGUGCACCACAAGAAAAGGAGAAAUACCAGCCUUCAUAUGAAACCACUAUUCUCACCGAGUGCUCUCCAUGGCCUGAGAUUUCAUACGUCAACAACUCCCCAUCACCAGGUUUCAACAGCACCCACAACAGCUUUCCUGUGACUGAAGGAAAUGGUUCACCCAAUCACCAACCGGAGCCUGUUGCACUGUUAGCAGAUUUGUCGUGCCAUCUACUUAGAAGAGACAGUGAAAGCAAUCAGAAUCUGUUGCCCACGGCAACGCCACAGGAAGCACAGCAGUGGCUCCAUAGAAACCGUUUUUCACCAUUCUGCCGUCUCUUCACAAACUUCUCGGGGGCUGACCUGCUCAAACUAACACGGGAGGAUGUGAUUCAGAUCUGUGGCCCUGCUGAUGGUAUUCGGCUAUUUAAUGCAUUGAAAGGACGGGUGGUUCGUCCAAGGCUUACUAUUUAUGUGUGCCAAGAGUCCCAGCAGACUCGUGAACAACAGCAGAAACAUGAGAACGGAGACGGAACCGGCAACACCUUCUUUGUGUAUCACGCCAUCUAUCUGGAGGAGUUAACUGCUGUGGAACUGACGGAAAAGUUGGCUCAGCUCUUCAGCAUCUCUCCACGCCAGAUCAGUCAGAUCUUCAAGCAGGGACCCACUGGUAUCCAUGUGCUAGUCAGUGAUGAGAUGAUUCAGAACUUUCAAGAUGAGAUGUGUUUUGUCCUGGACACAAUGAAAGCUGAAACAAAUGAUGGCUAUCACAUAAUUUUGAAGUGAAAACAAAAGAUGUGGGGGAGUGAACAUACCCCUGUGUUAUUCUUAAGAUUCAACCCACAGCCUUUACCCUCCAUACUUCCUGGACUGUGCUGAUGAUCGCUUUGCUCAGAAUAGUAAUGGAGACGAUCAUGGAAAAGGAAAGAGACAUCUGACCCAUUUUGAAACCUUUACUGUAUUGUGUCCAUGGAGUGUGUGCUGCCUUUUCCCCCAAAACUGCCCCCUUCCCAUUUCCAAUUGCAUAAAAUCACAGAUUUCCUAUUUUACAAACUUUAAUUUAGCAUUGGUUUGCUUUGUUCAUCUUUUUAAAGGGAGUAAAAAUGAUUGUCUCAUGUUUAUAAUGUACUUGGGCCUUACCACCUCAAAAAGAGAGGCUGGCUGGCAUUAAAUACAGUAUUAUUUGGUGGUGUUGUCUUCUGCCUGGAUGUAUUUCCCCUGAGUUUGAGUCCCAUGUGAUGUGUUGUGUCCAUAUGCCUUAAUGAGCACACUCUUUAUAGAUAAACAACACUGUAAAACAGGAAAGAUUAAGUCACAGAUGAGGGACUCACCAAUGACAGACAGUGAUCUACAGUAGGCCCAGAGAUUUCCAGGCAGAUCAUGAAAUCGUCUAUUAACGAAUAUCAAUGUCUUCAAACAGCAUUUUCUCCUUCAAAGGAAAACAAAAAUUGAAGUUAACCACACACAUGAUAUGCAGUUCUGUUUUCAUGUUCUGCCAUCCCUUUUGUAAAGAAACAGUUAAACAUACAAUCUCAAAACUCAAUAAGAUCACAUGCAUUAUGAGAGAGCAAACAAAUGAAUUCGGAACUUGAUAUUUUAUUUUUGCUUUCUUAAUUAGAUGUUUUCACAUCAAGCAGCUUGACGAAAGCAUUGCUGCAUGAGACUUUGAUUUUCUUUGUAAGAUAGUUGAUUUCCUAAGGCUUAUGCAGGCUGUGGUUUGUGCUAAUUGGAAAUACCAACUCAGAUUGACUGUAGAGGCAUAAUAUGAGGUUCUGUAGCCUUGAUUCCUGAUGAUUCUUCAGGUGCUGCCACAAACGCACAUUAUUUUACAGGCAGGAGAUGAAUGUUGGCAGCUGUGGGCAUUAUAUAUAUGUGCAUUUUAGUUUUUUUCUUUCUUUUUUUUAAGAUUGUGCUUAAUAUUCACCCCCAGUUUUUCAUUGUUGCAUAUACUAGAAUAGAUUUUACAAAUGUUGGAUUUACCAAGAGCAUUAUUUUAUGGUAUAAAAGAGAGAAAUCAUGUUUCCUUUUGGAUAUGACCACUGAUCUACUAAUCCUUCAGUUGGGGUAAAGGGUAGAAUACAUUGCACUGCAUGAGAGAAGGUAGCUGUGGUUAGUGCUAGACGCAAACCAGACCUAGAUGGUAAAAUUGUGAGAUAUUGUCUGUUGUGACCCUUUACUAUGACAUUGCAAUGAUUAAAAUUACUUA